AUGGCUUCCGCAUCGCCAGCCGCCCACAAGCCCCGGCGCAAGUCCAAGAAGCCAGGUGUGACCUUUGACCCAUCCACCAAGCCGGGCACCCUCGUACGCACUCCUUCGUUUCCUCUCGCAGCUUUCCUUUGGCCAGCGCGUAGUUCCUUGUCUCCGUGGGAGGUUCUACCCCUGAUUCUCAUGGUCGUUGGCUUGUUCAGAUGGGCAGCAGGUCUAUGGGGCUACUCUGGCUUCCAGAAACCACCCAUGUUUGGCGACUAUGAGGCUCAGCGACACUGGAUGGAGAUUACCACUCAGCUGCCCAUCUCACAAUGGUACUUCCACGACCUGCAGUGGUGGGGCCUCGACUAUCCCCCUUUGACGGCAUAUCACAGCUGGCUACUGGGCAAGAUAGGUUCGCUGAUCGAUCCCUCGUGGUUCACCCUCUAUACAUCGCGCGGUUCCGAAGAUCAGAACUUGAAAAUAUUCAUGAGGGCCACUGUCAUCGUCUCCGAGUACCUCGUCUACAUCCCUGCCGCCGUCAUCUUCGUCAGAAGAUUUAGCAGGCUAUUCGGUGUUGCCCAAUGGACAAGCUGGGUCGCACUCGUGGCAAUUCUCAUGCAGCCAGGCCUCAUACUUGUCGACCAUAUUCACUUCCAGUACAACACAGUCAUGCUCGGGCUUGUUCUUGCAAGCAUGUCCAGCAUGAUUGCUGAACGAUACAUGUGGGCCUCCAUCUUCUUCGUUGCAGCACUGGGCUUUAAACAGAUGGCUCUCUACUAUGCACCUGCUGUCUUUGCCUACCUCCUCGGAAGUUGCAUUUUCCCGCGCAUCAACGUGGGACGAUUCGUUGUCAUUGCUGGCGUCACUGCUGUGUCUUUUGCCGUUCUCAUUCUCCCGCUUGUUCUGGGAUCACUGUACGAUGCUCAGCGAGGCAUUGAUUCUCAGCCCGACCUUGACGGACCCCGUCCUUCACUGCCCAUAUUUACACAGCUCGAGGCAUAUCUCAACAAAGAUGCCACAUACUACCCAGUAGUUGAGCAGCUAGUCCAGAUGGUCCAUCGAGUAUUCCCUUUUGCCCGCGGCUUGUUCGAGGACAAGGUCGCCAACUUCUGGUGCGCAGCAAACGUUGUCUUCAAGUUGAAGCAGUAUCCCUCUGCCAUAUUACAGCAAGCCUCUCUGGCAGCAACGCUUGUCUCGUUCGCGCCUGCAACUUUGAUUCUUUUCUUCUGGCCAAGAAAGGAGCUCUUGCCAUAUGGCUUUGCUGUUACAGCCUGGAGUUUCUUCUUGUUCAGUUAUCAAGUGCACGAAAAGAGCGUUUUGCUCCCUCUACUACCGAUGACUGUCCUUUUGGCUGGCAAGGAAGGACUGAACAAGGAAACCCGCGCGUGGGUAGGUUUCGCCAAUAUCCUUGGAGCUUGGACUAUGUUUCCACUACUUGAGCGUGUAAAAUUGAGAGUGCCAUAUGCUGUCCUUACUGGUCUUUGGGCAUACCUCCUCGGCCUGCCGCCCACAUCACUGGGCGCAUAUCUUGGAAGCGAGAAAAACACAUGGGUACAGUGGAUGACAGCCCUUGUGCACUGGUCCUUUUACCUGGCAAUGGGCGUUUGGCACGUUGUCGAACUUUUCGUCAAUCCCCCGGCCGACAAGCCGGAUCUUUGGGUUGUGGCUAACGUUGGUGUUGGCGCGGCCGGAUUCACGUUGUGUUAUGCGUGGUGCCUUUGGAAGUUGGUCGCUCAAAGCGGAGUCCUCAGAUCCAGUUCGGCGAAUUCUUCGAAGAAGAGACAGUAA